AUGCCAGAGUCAGACUCCAUCCCCGGUACAAUCCAUCUCGUGGACGUCCAGCGUAAUCUGCGCGUUCGUCAUGCGGGUGGUGGUGAAGGCGACAUCGUCUUAGAUCCUGCUCCAUCUGACGAUCCAAGCGAUCCUCUCAAUUGGUCUCCUCAGCGCAAGCGCCUGGCUUUGGUCUGCCAGAACUUAUACACUUGGUUCUCGGGCAUGUCUGUUGCGACUGUGUACUCUGUUCUUGUACCGCUUGCGCAACAGUCAAAGGUCUCGAUCCCGACUCUCAAUGAGGGAACGGGUUACAUGUAUUUAUUCCUGGGCAUUGGACUGUUGUUCUGGCAACCGUUUUCGCACCGGUAUGGCAAGCGAGUGGUAUAUCUCAUCUCAAUUCUUGGGGCACUUGGUACCAGUGUGUGGAGUGCAUAUGUGUCGAGCAAUGGGGAAUGGAUCGCCAAGUGCAUCAUUCAAGGCUUCUUCGUCGCGCCCAUCGAAGCUCUGCCUGAGAUCUCCGUCACCGAUAUCUACUUCACCCAUCAACGCGGUACAUACAUAGGCAUCUACGCCCUCGCUCUCGCAGGAAGCAACUAUUUCGCACCCGUCAUUAGCGGCUUCAUCGCCGAGUAUCAAGGUUGGCAAUGGGUCUUCUACUGGCCCGCCAUCUUCCUCUCUUUCGUCUUCGUCUUCCUGUUCCUCUUUAUGGAAGAGACCAACUACAUCCGCGCUGCGCCCGACAUCAACAGACCCCAGAUCGAAACCUCCCGAGCGAGCGAUGAGAAUACUGGCAAGGCGGGAGAGAAAGAGACGGAAGCUGGGAAGGAUGAAGUUAGAGAGGCUGAUGAGGCGGUUGGGGAAUAUGCUAAGCCCAAGACCUUCUUGCAGAAGAUGUCCCUCUGGCAUCCCUCGCCUGGUCAGAGUAUGGCGCGACAUGCUGGGCGCUCACUUGAGUUCCUUUCCUGGCCCGUCAUCUUCUUCGCUGGCUUCUCAUAUGGUUCCUACCUCAUCUGGUUCAACGUACUCAAUGCUACAGCGUCCAUCGUUCUGUCUGGUCCGGGAUAUGGCUUCAAGCCAUCAAUGGUCGGCUUGAGCUACCUCUCCUGCUGCCUCGGCACCAUCGUCGCCUUCGGCGCCGCAGGACGAAUGAGCGAUUGGCUGACCAUUAAACUCGCGCGUCGCAACAAUGGUAUCAUGGAAGCUGAGCAUCGUCUGUGGCCACUGGCAAUAUGCGUCAUUGGUGUUCCGGCCUCGUUGAUCCUCUGGGGUGUUGGAGCGCAGCAUGGUGUGCAUUGGUUUGGUCUGAUCUUUGCCAUGUGCGCUUUGUCGACGACCAGUGUGAUGGGCUUGAUCAUUAGCAUCAAUUAUCUGAUUGAUAGCUACUAUGACUUGAGUGGUGACGGUAUCACAACGAUCAUCCUGGUUCGAAACACGAUGUCGUUCGCUAUUAGUUAUGGUAUCACCCCAUGGAUCACCAACUUGGGAUACCAGAACUGCUUCAUCUCUGCUGCAUUUGUCGCCUUGGCCGCUUGUUCUGCGGUCUUCAUCAUCAUCAAGUAUGGCAAAGCACUGCGAGUACGGACUGCGCCCAGAUACCACAAGCUAGUCGCAGAUGACAAGAGAGUUAUGGGCCUGACGUCGUAG